AUGGCAUCGGCUAAAAAUGCAUUAGAAUCACAUGCGUCAAUGUUUCCACUAUUACAUUAUCAAAAAACGGUAUUAGAAAAAAAGUUUGUAUCGUCAUCGCCGUCAUCUGGUUUGCCUAACAAACAAAAACAAUAUCAUGAUAAAAAACGAGCGAAAUUAUCGAUACCAUUUUCAUUAAAAAAUAUAAAAGCGCGAACAGAUCUUUUGACAUCAACCCCAACAACCUACAAAUAG